CUCUUCUUCAUCUCCAAGAAAGAAAUCAAAACUUAAAAUUCACAGCUGAAACUGAUACAGAAAAACAAGAAUCAACGAACGUUGAAUUGAAGAUGUUUAGUUCAAAGAAGUUAGCUGGUUCAAUGCUGAAUCAAAUUCGUCCGCACUUACAAUCAUCAUCAACAGGAGGAUCAAUAGUUAAUCAAUCGGCCAACGGAUUACUGUUGAAAACAAGGUUUCCGGAGAUUGGUAUGCGGAGAGCGAGUACGAUAGCAUUAAGUGAAGAAGAAAAGCACAGGGAAGAGAAAGGAGGGUUUGGUGGUUCUUCAGCUGCCGCCGGUGGGAAUAAGGACGGACCGGAGCAGAAUGGAGUUGCUAGUUAUUGGGGUGUUAGCCCAAAUAAGUUGGUUAAAGAAGAUGGUACAGAGUGGAAAUGGAAGUCAUUCAGGCCAUGGGAAGCAUAUGAACCUGAUAUGUCAAUUGAUUUAACGAAACAUCAUAAACCAACAAAUAUGAUGGACAAAUUUGCUUAUUGGACUGUCAAAGCUCUUCGUUAUCCUACUGACGUUUUUUUCCAGAGGAGAUAUGGGUGCAGAGCAAUGAUGUUGGAAACAGUGGCAGCAGUACCAGGGAUGGUAGGAGGAAUGUUAUUGCACUGUAAGUCUUUACGACGCUUUGAACAUAGUGGAGGUUGGAUCAAAGCAUUGCUGGAAGAAGCCGAGAAUGAAAGAAUGCAUCUAAUGACAUUUAUGGAAGUAGCUAAACCAAAAUGGUAUGAAAGAGCAUUAGUAAUUGCGGUACAGGGAGUGUUUUUCAAUGCCUAUUUCUUAUCUUACAUGAUUUCGCCAAAGCUUUCUCAUAGAAUUGUUGGGUAUUUGGAAGAAGAAGCAAUUCAUUCUUACACUGAAUUUUUGAAAGAGUUGGACAAAGGAACUAUUGAGAAUGUUAAGGCACCUGCUAUUGCCGUCGACUAUUGGAGGUUACCUGCUGAUGCUACAUUGAGAGAUGUUGUUAUGGUUGUUAGAGCUGAUGAAGCACACCAUCGUGAUGUUAAUCAUUUUGCUUCAGACAUACACGUUCAAGGGCAUGAACUCAAGGAAUCAGCAGCUCCAGUUGGGUACCACUGAAAGUGUUCUUAGCUUAUUUGAGACAUCCUAAAAGUUGGAGACCAAGUAUUUCCUUUCUUUUGUGUCUUUAUAUUUUGUCCGGAUUUGGGGGCUUAUCUUUAUAUGAGUAUACUUGGCUCAGAUGUAUCUAUAAAUAAAAAUAGAGAAAAUUUAUUCGACAUAUAUUUGAAAUUUUGCGAUUCUGAUUUUUGAA